AUGCAACAGCUGGGCCUGCUGAUCAGCGCGCUGUCCGAGCAGUCGGCGACCAAGACGCUGGUCGACGGAGUAAACGCACCUCUCGCUACGUCCAUGCUCCCCAAGCAUGCAUCUGUAAACGUCUCUGGAAAGGCUUCAUUAGCCUCCUUACAAGGCUUAAAAUUCAGAAAAGAAGCCGUCUUCAAUGCGUCCAAGUCUCAGACCGACGAUGCCGCAUCAAUCUCCACCUUAGCAAGUCAGCUCAAAGCGAAAGCAUCAGAGAAUGAUCAACUGUCAGAGAGGGUGAAAGCCUUAGAAGAACAAGUUGAAGAGCUUCGUAAGCUCGACAUGGCCAAUAUCAUAAGCCGUCUCACAAAUCUUGCGCCCCCACCUGCCAAAGGUGAACCAGAGGCACGAGCUACUGAAAAGGCUAGGACUGAGCUGGAUCAAGUUAGCAAACCAUUGGCAGCGAAAGUUGGCGCGCUCGAAAACUUCAAGACAAGUAUGGAGAAGCAGGGCCUUCCGUCGCAGCUGCAAAACUUGUCUAGGGUCGUUGAUGCUGUCGUCAAAAAUGAAAGAAAAACGUAUGAAAAAAUUUCUCAACACAUCGACGACACAGUAAAGUACCUUGGUCCCGUUGGAUGGGAAUACGGCAACUACGGCACUACCCUGGCUGAACAGGUCAAGAAGCUAGAUGAACUUGUCCCACUGGUCAGAUCCUUGCAGAAACAACAAGAAAACUCAGAGAUAGAACAGAAAACUCUCCAGGGACGACAAAACGUCUUCGAGACAGACAAGGAAACCCUGCAGGGGCGACAGACCCUAUUCCAGACACAAAAGAAAGAUCUUGACGCACGCGUCCAGCGCUUGGAUGUGAGGAUAACAUCUUUGGAAGAGAAAGGCAGCUCUGGCCCUGGCCCUGGCUUCAGCAAAGAUGGAACUUCUGUGGCUAGUCCCUCGACCAAUGCCAUUCCAGCCCAGGAUGCCACAGUCAAGACACAAUUGAAAAAGCUUAGCGACGACGUCCAGGCCCUGCAAUCCAGCCUCACAGAAACGGACAGUCUGAGGACGCAGAUUGCGACUUUAAGCGAAAAGACUGGUUCUAUAGAAGGCAAAGUCAACACUGUAUCAGACACUUCGAAUAGAGUUGAAACACAGAUGGCUACACUGCUUUCCAAAACCCUCGCAGAUCUCAAUAAAGAUGUGCAGACUCUGUUUGAUGGGCUCACUACGGUCGAAGACAUUGUACACAACCAUACUGGAAUGAUCGAGGUCCUCGAACACGAAGUACCUAAAAUAUUCGCUCGGACCAUGGACCCCUUUAAACAGGAGGUCAAUAAAAAAAUUGAAGAGCUGACGCGAGAGGUUACCACAUCGAAGCAGCAACCGCAGCAUGUCUCCCCUCCUAUCAGCAGUGAGGAGUUGGCCAAACUGAAGCAAGAAGUGGCACAAUUACAGACUGAGGUGGCCGAACACUCUUUACUACGAGAGCGGCGUGAUCAAGAGCUUGUAAAACUCAUUGCGAGUGCUGAUAGUGGUGUUGAGAGUCUAAGACUUUCGUUCCGUGUCCUCCAGGACCAGUACAACAACAUUAGCAGCGAUGAAUUGCAUGGAAAGAUGGUGCAAUGGUUCCUCCAAGCCUACCCCUCUAAUGCGGCAAACAUGGUUCAGCAGUUUGUGGCUCUACGACAGGACAUUCAGAAUAUACAACACCUGUUCCAUCAGCAGAAUGAUCCCACCAUCAAAGCAAUGAAGACGGCGAUUGAUGGUAUACAGCAGUCCCUACGAAGUCUGAAUUCUGGCGACUCGCCCUUUGCAUCAACAGCAGCCGUCACCAAGCUGAGCGCGCAAGUCACAGCGCUGGACGAAAAGAUGAAGUCCCCUAGUACAGCUGCAAGCACAGAGGACAACAAGCGCUUGCAGGACAUUCGAAAGAUCGAGAGUACCUGCACGGCACUAGCCAGCCGCGUCGACAAGGUUGAAGGAGCAGAGACCAUACUACGCAAAGAAGUGGACACAAUUAAGAACGACUUUAUGGAGCCACACCGUGGGAACCUGGCCUCAGUCGGACACAUGAUCGAAAAUGUCAUCGCUGUGCAGAAGACUGUCAAGAUGAUCUCUGAGAGAGUGGCUACCAAACCUGGACAGCAGCUACCACUGAUCGAAUGGCCCAAUAUCCUAGGUGACGGUGGCUCCGACACUGCCGCCGCGAAGAAGGGCAAAGCCAAGAAGUAA